CUUAAUAUUUUCUUCCACACGCAUUCAAGACAUGAUCGUGACAAGUAUAUCACAGUAGACAAAGAAAAUAUUAAGCCUGACUGGCUUGACCAAUUCUUACUGGAGACGACUGCAACCAAUAACAAUUACGAUCUAACAUAUGAUUACGGAAGCCUGAUGCACUACGGAACAACAAGCGCCUCUCGCAACGAAAAACCUACUAUGGUACCUACUCCGGAUGCACGGUACGGAGAAACUCUGGGAUCUCCUUUCAUUUCCUUCUAUGAUUUGCUUAUGCUCAACAAGUACUACAAUUGCACCGACGCAUGCAAAGGAACGAAGACGGUGUGUCAGAAUGAAGGAUUCCCACAUCCUCGCCGUUGUUCAGAAUGCAUUUGCCCAAGCGGGUAUGGUGGAAAGCUCUGUGAGAAAAAGCCGGACGAUUGUGGUAGAGAAGUGGAGGCGACGGACACAUGGAGUAAACUUGUAGACAGUGUAGGCGAAAACACCACUUUCACUGCGCGUGAAGACUUCAAGAAAUGCAAUUACUGGAUCAGGGCGAAACCUGGAAAAAAGAUCGAAGUCAAACUUGCUUACUUCCCUGCUUCACUAGCCGUCGAUGGAUGCAAGUAUGCCGGCGUUGAAAUCAAAACAGAUCCAGACAAGCGUCGCACCGGUUACAGGUUCUGUUCGAAGGGCGCUAUUGGCACCAUACUGAAAUCGUCUUCUAACAUUGUCCCUGUAAUAACCUACAACAGACUUUACUUCACCGAAACGGAACUGGAAUACCGCGCCGUCGAUUGA